AUGUGGCGUGGAGCCCUGGGGGCCCUGGGAGCUGUGGUGGGUGUGGGAGCUGAGCUGAGCUGCCCUGCAGGAGCUGCUGGCGAGGCAUGUCGCCUGGCGAUGGCUCCAAGCUGGCGGAGCUUCGAGCGUUGCGCGAUCCCAGCUGGGAGCGACCUCGGAGAGCCCCUGUUCCUCACCGUCGCAGAGGCCAAGGAUCACUGCGAGGCUCGGGAAGCAUGCGCAGCCUUCACUUUCGAGGGAGAGGAUCUGGAUGAGAGCCCUGUCUGGGUGCACUUCAAGACGAGCUUCGACUGUGUUGAUGCCGCCUGGGUGGCGUGGCGCAAAUUGGAUUCGCAUUCGCCGGCCGCGGAGGAGUCCACAGCGGUGUCUGCCUUCAUGGCAUCUGGCCUGGGGGUAGCCUUGUGCUUGAUGGGACAGGUCCUCAUGUUGUCCUACACCCACGUUGCCUUGGAGCAGCACGUCUUGCAGGUUCUCAAGCCCGACGUCUUCUUGUAUGGACCUCGCGGAUCCGACGCCGAGCCGGCUCCAGAAUUACACAGUCUCGAAGAUUAUGUGGUGGAGGAGAAGUGGGAGGUGGAGAGCAUCCGGGACCGUCUGUAUGCUGAGACGCGGAAUCCGAGUCGAACGAUCGAUGUUGACUACGUGCAGGUGCAGGGCAACUGGUUUGGAAGCGAGUGCCUGGACCCACCUUUGCAGGAUAAACGGCCGGGAAGUGCUAUCUGCUGGUAUUACAGUCAGCAGAAGUGUUUGGAGAUGAUCCAGAAGCAGGAGCAUCAGAGAGGACAGCCCUAUCAAUGGGUAGUCGUUUCACGCUUUGACUUUCGGUGGUUGGCGCCUCACCCACCGCUGGAGCUGCUGAAGGCGGAUGUGGUCUGGAUUCCCUCUGGCAGUGACUGGGAGGGUGGAAUCAAUGACCGCCAUGCGGUGAUACCUCGUCGGCAUGCCGAAAGCUAUUUGAGCUCCUGGAAGAUUCUAACCUCCGGCCGCGCAAGGGACGUGAUGCUGGACACUCUUGGCUCCAUGAAGUUGAAUGGUUUUCCGGGGCCCAACACGGAGAACUUUCUCAAGGCGCGACUCCAGUUUCUGGAUGUGGAGUACGAACGCUUCCCGAACGUGGCUUAUCUGACCUGCACACUUCGCGAGAAAAGCCGAUGGACCCAGUGCUUCGGAACCGCCUCCAACAGUGCUCCAGGCUGGCUCUAUAAAGAGGAGAUGGAACAUGCAACCCGCAUAGCCAACUGCGUACGCUCCUCGUGGAACAAGCGAAAGAUGGAGGACUGUGCGGAGGACAUCUCACAUCUGUAUCGUGGUCUGCGGUAA